UGCUUUUGAGGGGGUUUUGGUCCUCAUUUUGGUUUUUUCCCCCCAGAAAACCAUCGAAUCCGAAACAGUGAAAACCUCAGAAGUGAUUAAAAAGAAACUUGAAGAAAUAACGGGGACAGUUAAAGAGAGUUUGGACGAGGUCAGUAAAAGCGACCUCGGCCGCCGGAUCAAGGAGGGCGUGGAAGAAGCGGCAAAAACGGCCAAACAAUCGGCUGAGUCCGUCACCAAGGGAGGGGAGAAGCUGGGCAGGACUGCAGCCUUCAAAGCCAUCUCUCAGGGAGUAGAAACUGUUAAGAAGGAAAUCGAUGAAAGUGUUUUGGGGCAAACUGGGCCCUACAAACGUCCGGAGCGGCUCCGGAAACGAACGGAAUAUUCCGGAGAGAGGAUCAAAGAGGAGAGGAUAUUUGAGGCUAAUGAGGAGGCCAUGGGAAUGGUGCUGCACAAAGACUCCAAGUGGUACCAGCAGUGGAAAGAUUUCAAGGACAACAACGUGGUUUUCAACAGGUUCUUUGAGAUGAAGAUGAAGUACGACGAGAGCGACAACGCCUUCAUCCGAGCGUCCCGCGCCGUCACCGACAAAGUCACCGACUUGAUAGGUGGAUUGUUCUCCAAGACGGAGAUGUCGGAGGUGUUGACGGAGAUCCUCAGAGUGGAUCCCUCCUUUGACAAGGAUCGUUUCCUGAAGCAGUGUGAGCGGGACAUCAUCCCCAACGUCCUGGAGGCUCUGAUAUCCGGGGAGCUCGAGAUCCUCAAGGAUUGGUGCUACGAGGCCACUUACAGCCAGCUGGCUCAUCCCAUCCAGCAAGCCAAAGCCUUGGGGCUCCAGUUCCAUUCCAGGAUCCUGGACAUCGACAACAUCGACUUGGCCAUGGGGAAGAUGAUGGAGCAGGGACCAGUUUUGAUCAUCACCUUCCAGGCUCAGGUCGUGAUGGUGAUAAAGAACCACAAAGGAGAGGUGGUGGAAGGAAAUCCGGUGAGUGGGGGCUGGGAAAGCCUCAUCCUGCUCUUUUUCCCUCUUUUUUUUUCCCUUCCUAAAAGGCACUGGAAAAUCCUUUGCCGAACAAGGGGUUGAAGUUGUUUGGGGGGAAAUCACUCAAUUAAAAUCACUCAGUAAUAAAAUUAAUAACGAGGCUGCUGCCUCCCCACACUUCACACAAAAUAAAACCCCACACGCCCUUAUUCCAUGAAAUUCCGUGGAAUUCCAUGGAAUUCCGCCAUCCAGAAAUUGGAUUUAACGCCGUGUGUGGUUCCUGGGGAAGCCUCGGGCAGGGAAUGAUUUGUGGAGCAAAUCCCUGGCACCCCUUGGGAGUUGGGGCUGGAGUGAUGUCAAGCUGUCAGAACAUCCUUGUUCCCAGAAUUGAUGACAGAGGAGCCUCUGGAAUACCUUUAUUCCCAGGAGUUUCACUCCAGACAGCUCCAACUUGCCUCGUGCCUGUGCAAUAUUUAAGUAGCUUAAUGAUGGCUAAUGAGGGAGAUGUCUGGAGCUGGCAGUUCCCAGCUCGUUUUCCUUGGGAUUAAUACAGGUAUUUAAUAAAUAUUGGCUUUUUUUUCUUUU